GUAAUGCAGUAAAGACCUACAAUACAUGUCACGACUUAUGGCUUCACACAGUUAAUAGUGAUUAAAGUGUUUUUGGUAGCAGAUUGCAUAGAACCUUAAAGAAGGAAUGCGGAAUGUUUUAUAGAUAAAAAGAAAUCUUACCAUGAUUUAAAGUCUAUAACUUUCUAUUGGAUUUUAUAAUAUUGCUUUUACUCAAAAAAAUUUUAACAUCAAAUUUGCAUAUUCUCAUGUUAUGUUUAAUGUAUGGAUUUUCAAUUUCUGUCGUUCGUGAAUGCAAACAAUAAUUAUUGCAGAUACUGUGGCAGUAGAUGGAAGCAAUAUAUCUUCAAUUCCAAACCAGGAACAUGGUCCCGCAACACAAACUGAAAAAGAAGAUGAAAUAAAUUCAGAAACAGAAUUACCACAUACCUCUCUAGCUCCAACACAGUUAUCCAAAGGAUUUUUAAAUAUAUUCGAACCAUCGUUGGUGCGUGUUCGUAAUCAAUUAAAAGAGCUAAUUGGAAAACAAAAUAAGAUUUACAUUGAUUUGUCUGCAGAAAAAUUUAAACUUGAUAAUAAUGAUGUUGUUAAACUGCAACAAAUGAUGUAUAAUGUGAAGGUAUACAGAGAAAAAUUGAUUAAAAUUCAAAAACAAAUGCACAACUUAUAUCAGCGUAUGAAAAUAAUAAAGAAAAGAACCGCAAAUAUAAAUUCAUGCAAGCAAAAAGAACUACAACGUAAACUACAUAAACAGCAGCAGGAAGAAUUGUUAAUCGGAAAGGCAGAGUAAUACACAUAUGCCAUCUUAUUUUAAUUAAAUAAAUGGAAUGUGUAGUAUUAAAUAUUAUUUUUUAAUGUGAAUAAUAAAAACUACU